AUGGCUUCCCUCCGCUCAACAUCGCGACUCUUCGCUGCGUCGCGGCCUCUUUUCCGGCCCGCUUCGUUCGCUCGCUCGUAUGCCACUGUCGAGGGAACCAAGAAUGUCGAGCCCAGUCCCUCCGAGAAGCCCAACUUCAAGACCUUCAAGGUCUACCGUUGGAACCCGGACACGCCCGCUGAGAAGCCCACCAUGCAGAGCUACCAGCUCGACCUGAACAAGACCGGCCCCAUGAUGCUCGACGCUCUGAUCCGGAUAAAGAAUGAACUCGACCCGACUCUUACUUUCCGCCGAUCCUGCCGUGAAGGUAUCUGUGGUAGCUGUGCCAUGAACAUUGACGGUGUUAACACUUUGGCCUGCUUAUGUCGCAUUCCCACCGACGGUGCCAAGGAGUCCCGCAUCUACCCACUGCCUCACACCUACGUCGUCAAGGAUCUUGUCCCGGAUCUGACCCUCUUCUACAAGCAAUACAAGUCUAUCAAGCCAUACCUGCAGCGCGAUACCCCCACCGAAGAUGGCCUGGAGUUCCGCCAAAGCCCCGAGGACCGCCGGAAGCUUGACGGUCUCUACGAAUGUAUUCUGUGCGCCUGUUGCUCAACCUCCUGCCCCUCAUACUGGUGGAACAGCGAGGAGUACCUCGGACCCGCCAUUCUCCUCCAGUCUUACCGCUGGCUGGCCGACUCCCGUGACGAGCGCACUGCCGAGCGCAAGACUGCCCUCGACAACAGCAUGAGCGUCUACCGUUGCCACACCAUUCUCAACUGCACACGAACCUGCCCCAAGGGUCUGAACCCUGGUAAGGCCAUUGCGGAGAUCAAGAAGAUGCUGGCCUCGAACUAA